CAAAUGAAAAGAACGCCAGUCCUUUCGCUAAUCCUUGUCUAUCCUUUUUAUCUCGGGACUCAUAGCAGUAUGAUCACUAUGGGACAGCGAAGCGGUGGGACAAAGCCAUGCGGAUGAUAUUCCGGUAAAUGAGAGAAAAAGGCAGGUCUGAGUGACUUCAAGGGGGGCAAACUGGGCGCAUGUAGGCAAGCUGCGUGUGCGUAAAACUGGGCCAAAAUGUACCUCUUCCUGCUGCUGGGGAUCUACCUGGCCACAGGUGAGCUUCGCUCCUCGGCGAGCGCCUGCCCGUCGCAGUGUAGCUGUUUUUACCACAACCUGAGUGACGGAUCUAAGGCCAGGAGCGUAAUCUGCAAUGACCCCGAGAUAUCUCUUGUGCCUGCCGGGUUCCCUGUCGACACGUCCAAACUGCGGAUCGAGAAGACUGCAAUCCAGCGCAUACCGAGCGAAGCCUUCAACUACCUCUCCAGUCUGGAAUUCCUGUGGAUGUCUUUCAACACGCUGUCCGCCCUGAACCCCGACAGUUUCCGGGGCCUGUUCAACUUGGAAGAACUUCGUCUGGACGGGAAUGCCCUCACCGCCUUUCCUUGGGAAUCUCUCAUGGAUAUGCCCAGUCUCAGACUUCUCGAUUUGCACAACAACCAGCUGACCUCGCUGCCGGCGGAGGCCACCACUUACAUUAAGAACCUCACAUAUCUGGAUCUGUCCAGCAACAGCCUGCUGACCCUGCCGGCAGAGGUGCUCGCCACCUGGCUGGCGACAAAACCUGCACAGGGGCCCGAGAGCUCCAAGAUGAUACUUGGUCUCCAUGACAACCCCUGGGCGUGUGACUGUCGGCUGUACGACCUGGUCCAGUUUCAGAAGUCGCCAACGCUCUCUGUGGCGUUCAUUGACACUCGGCUCCGGUGCUCCGCUCCGGAGAGUCUGUCGGGGGUUUUAUUCAGUGACGCGGAGCUGCGUCGCUGCCAGCUCCCGCGCAUACACACAGCUGUGGCGCGCGUCCGGAGCGCGGUGGGAAAUAACGUGCUGCUGCGCUGUGGGACCAUUGGAGUCCCCAUCCCGGACCUGACGUGGCGCAGGGCGGAUGGAAAAGUCCUCAACGGGACAGUCCAGCAGGAAACAUCAAAGGAGGGAAUCACCUGGUCCAUCCUCAGUGUCCCAGCUGUGUCGUAUCGUGAUUCAGGAAAGUACAUCUGCAAGGCAACCAACUAUGCAGGGAAUGCUGAGGCUGUCAUCUCUCUCAUGGUCUCCAACACACCAAAACCAGAUGGCAACCAAACCAUCACUGACAAGAAACCCAAAGCCAAGAAACCCAACCAGAUGGGAAAAGCUGCCUACCAGGAGAAACUGGUAGCCAGAUAUGUUGCUCAAACACCCACACCUCCACCUUUGCCUGCAGUAGACCCUGGCCUUCCAGCUGUUCCUGAUCCUGGUGUGGCCAGUUACAGCCUGGCUGACAGAAUCACCCCUGGGCCUGUCACCUCCUCCAGCCCAGACGGACUGCUUGAUCUAGAGAAGACCAAUCUCAGCAACCUGGCGGCCAACACCUCGUCCCUUCAGCAGGACCCAGACAGGGUGGUCCGCUCUGUGAAGGUGGUGGGGGACACAGACAAUACUAUUUCUCUUAACUGGAGAGCCCCUAAGGCCAAGAACACUACAGCGUUUAGUGUGCUCUAUGCUGUUUUUGGAGAGAGGGACAUGAGGAAGAUCAAUGUUGGAGCAGGACAGAACCGUGUGACCAUAGAAGGGCUGGUGCCCAGGACGAAGUACAUCGCUUGUGUGUGCGUACGGGGGCUGAUCCCCAAGAAGGAGCAGUGUGUCAUAUUUUCCACUGAUGAGGCAGCUAGUGCCACUGGGACCCAGAAACUGAUUAAUGUUAUUGUGAUCACAGUGGCUUGUGUGAUUGCCGUCCCACUCACUGUCAUUGUUUGCUGUGGGGCGCUGAAGAGGCGCAUUCAGAAGUACUGGGGGAAGAAGUCCAAGGACAUCCAGGACUCUUAUGUGACCUUUGAAACGCUGUCGCCUGGCACUAAGGCCAAAGGGCUCGAGGGUGAGUAUCUGACCAGGCUGAACCCAGAGGAGUCCAACAGACUGCUGUCAGCCCGCUCCAGCUUGGACUCUGAGGCCACAGCUAAGAUCGAGGGACAGCCUAACGAGUACUUCUGCUGACGUCAUGCUCCAGCUCCGGCUCCUGCUCCACGCCAUCUCCCACGCACUCACCCACAUCCUCAUCCUCAUGAGGACACCAAUACUCAUUCACAUCACCAUCUGCACCACCAUUUCCAUCCAUAUCCUCAUCACUACCCUUAUUCCCACCCUCACCAACAUCCAGAGGUCAGCCCUCCUCCCACACGUUCCCAUAGUCCAUUGCCAUGGGACACUCCCCCACCUGUCCCCCCUCGCUGGAUCACACCACCAACACCACCGCCACAGCGAGCCAACUUCUAUCAAAGGACUUUUGCACGCUGCACUAUCAUGGAAAUAUCAGUUUAGAGGGUUUUUGACAUUUCUUAUUCAUGUUUUUUCCAGAUAUCUCUAGAAUAUAUAAUGUUUCUUGGAGAGAGUGAAUAUGAACGCUGAAACUUGCUGGCAUGUUGUAAAUGUAUCUGUAAGAUAACACAGACAGAAUUUAUGCAGUGAGUCAAAAUUCAUGUUUUUAUUCACCAAAGAAUGUCAAUAUCAUUAAGUCUGUAAUGGAAAAACGUCAAAGGCCGAAGGAGCAUAACCAUUAUUGUAAUUUAAAUUUCAUCUCAAGCCACUCACAUGCUGCAGUGAAGAAAACUCUGCAAACUGAUCUGAUCUAAAGGGAACUGAAUGAUAGCUACUCCAUUGUUUAUAUCAUAUAUGUAUGUGUAUGAUUUGUAAAUAAUUUUCUGGAUGAUGUACACUUACAUAUACAGUACGUCUAUGCCUCUGUAUAUAUCUGUCAUAUGUUCUCAGAGAAGAUAUAGACAUAGGCAUGGUUCAAUACUCUGAUGAAAGGAGAAGAGCUGGAGCUGGAGUGAAGUACACAGAAAGAACUGAACCAUGACACAAUGUAAAUAGGGUGGAAAUGAUGCAAACUGUUGAACUAUUUCUAUUCCCACCAAUGAGACAAAUAUUGCUUCAAAUAUCUCUAUGUAGCCCACCUGUUUUGUGCCACCUACAGGCAUCAUUGCCUCAUUUUAUGUAGAUCUAUUCACCUCAAUUACAUUAUUUGAAUGAAAUAAACUUUUAUAUAUAUGUA